GGCUGCUGGACCAGCGAGCGGCCGGCGGGCGGGCGGCAGUCGGCGGCUGGAAGCGGCGCGGCCAACACGCGCUAUCGUCUCCGUCCCCGUCACAGACCCAGUGAUCAAGAUGAAGUCACAUCUUCUACUACUGGCUCUUGUAUUUUGCCUUUUGGUUUCCGAUGCUUUUGCAGAUAAAGUGAGGAAACACAAGAAAUAUCGGCGAGUCCGCACUACAACUACUACCACAACAGAACCGCAAGCUGAAGCCAUUCAAGGAGCAGAGGAUGGUGAUGUUUUCUCAGUGCUAGCACAGGAUGAAGAAGAAGAGGAAAAAGCACAGGAGAAUGAAGAUUUGAAAAAGACACCAGAAGAGGAAGAAGAGGAGCCACAGCAGCCAGACGAUAAUGAAGUCAUAGCCAUUGAUCCUUGUGCAGAGAAGCACUGUGGAGCUGGUCAAGUGUGUGAAGUGAAUGAACAAGGAGAAGGGCACUGUGUCUGUAUUCCUGACUGUCCUGUUGAAGUGGAUCCUCGCAGAAAGGUGUGUUCCAAUCACAAUGAGACUUGGGGCUCAGACUGUGAGGUCUACCAGAUGCGUUGCUGGUGCAAGCAUGGCAUGGAUGGAUGCCGGGGUGAUGAAUACUCUCAUGUCCACAUUGAAUAUUAUGGCGAAUGCAGAGACAUGCCUGAAUGCACACCUGAUGAAAUGGCUGACUUCCCACGCCGAAUGCGUGACUGGCUUUUCAACAUAAUGCGUGAUUUGGCUGACCGUCGUGAACUGACACCUCACUACCUGGAAAUGGAACGCGAAGCUGAAAAUAAUAUGACCCGCCGAUGGACCAACGCUGCCAUCUGGAAAUGGUGUGACUUGGAUGGACACCCACAUGACAGGAGUGUGUCAAGGCAUGAGCUGUUCCCAAUCCGUGCUCCACUCAUGGCUCUAGAGCACUGUAUAGCACCUUUCCUUGACAGCUGUGAUGUUAACGACGAUCACACUAUCUCCCUGGUAGAAUGGGGGAAAUGCCUGGAAUUGGAUCAGGAUGAUCUGGAUGAAAGGUGUGAUGAACUGAGAGAAGGCUAAGGAGCUAUACUCCUUGAAAGCUCCAAUCCUAUUUGGCCUUUUUGUUUGGAGUAAAGUGUGGUACAAAGUAACUUCACACUUUGGAAAUUGAUAAUACUUGCAUUAGUACUAUUCAGUACUUUGUGAAAUCAAACAUGUGGUGCUAAGCUUUUAGUUUUGUAAGUUAACGUGUUUUUAACACUAUAUAUUUAAGAUGUGCAACUACCGUACUACUUCCGACCAACUAGACAAAAAGAAAAGUGCAGCAUUGUGAAAUAUUUAGUUUUAGUGUUAAAUGAAAACUGAUUUAAUUAUUGUGAUUAUUAUUUGACAACACUGCCAUAGGUUUUAAUAAUAAGUUUUUUUUAUUAUUAUACUGUACAUUUGAAAAUAAAAUGUCAACAAAAUA